AUGGAAGACGAGGAUUUCAUCAACGGCGAGGUCACAGAUCCUACUGUGUUCGACAACCCCAAAGACUCUGAUAUCAUCCUCACCUUCAGCGGCCAUCAAAUCUAUGCUCAUAGAGUCAUCUUGCGCAUGUGGUCUCCUUUCUUCAAGCGCGUCCUCGACUCGCAAUUCUGUGUCGCCAACAACGCUACAUUCAACAUCGACGACGAGUGCGAUGAUGAACAUGAUCCCGAGCCUGUGUACGCUAUGCUGAAGCAUAUCUACGGCAUUCCCUUCGUGCCCCGUUCGAGUACCGACCCGCGCGGAGUUUCUGGACUGAAGUUCUGUAUCAAGCUAUACAUGAUGACGGACAAGUACGACAUCCCAUCUGUCCGUCGCAUCGCAGUGAGCGUCAUUCAGGAUCACUUGUUCACCUCUCAAAACGAGCUGUUUGGCUUGACAACGCUUGAGCCUAUUCCAAGAUACAUUGCGCUCAUCUGCGGUCCACGCGCACCUCAGCUAGCCGAUCCAGAGUUACGCGAUGUCCUGUUUUCCUGGCUUACCGAGAACUUCUGCGUUCUUACCGAACACCAGGAGUACAGGGACAAAAUCGAAGACGGGUCACUGCUUGACUCCGAAUUGACUGCAAAGCUGCUGUUCUCGUUUAGUGCACAGAUCUCAGCCAACAAGAAGACCAAGACGACGCGUACAACCUAUCUCCCACCCUCAAGCCCUACAUCUAACUCUUAA